AUGGUGGUGAUGUCUAACAAAUUCUUCGAAUCCAUCGGCGGAGCUCCGGCGUAUUCUUCGUUAUCCGUCGCCGUUAAAGGAUCCGUCGGCGACGCCGUUGGAGGAGCUGCUAGCCGUCGAGCUCUUCGUUGGGCCGUCGAAAAUUUCCUUCCCAAAAUCGAUCGAUUAGUUCUAGUUCAUGUCAUGCCUGCAGUCACCAGUAUUCCAUCUCCUUCUGGAUCGAAGAUUCCGGUGGAGGAAUUGGAGGAGAGUGUUGUGUCGAUGUAUAAACGAGAUCUGAGGAAGGAAUUCGAACAGGUUUUUGUGCCGUUUAAGAAGAUCUGUAAAUCCAACAAAGUUGAGACUUUGUUGCUUGAACAUCAUGAUCCUGCAAAUGCACUUUUGAAGUACAUAUCAGAUACUGAAGUUGAGUGUUUAGUGAUUGGGUCUUGCUCUUCAAAUUUCCUUACAAGGAAAAAAGGACAAGAAAUGCCAUUAACGGUGUUAGGAGAAGCUCCAGAGGCAUGUGAGAUAUAUGUUGUUUGCAAAGAUAGAAUAUUAACCAAAUCAACCAAUCAGUUAUCUGCAGAUUCAUCAUCUAGUUUCCGUAUACCCGAAGGAGCAGAAGCUUAUACAGAAUCUUUCAGCCGCACACGCUCAGAUAAGACAGGCUUGUCUGCUUCAUCUAUAUCAUCCUCGGGCAGGAAGCAGAUUCGAAGGCCUGACUCUUUACCGCAUAGUCAUCCAACCUCUCGAGUGUUUUCUAAUGCACAAUCUUCAAAUAAUAUCGGUUUGGCCAAUGAGGAACACAUUCGUUCUAUCCUUAGACGUAGUACUGUUCCCAGUCUUAAACAGCAGUUGAAUCCUGGAACUUACAUAAAGACACCAAAGUCAGAUGUUAAGUCUGAGGUAGAGCAGCUAAGGAAAGAAGUACAAACCACUCUUUCCAUGUACAAACAAGCUUGUGAAGAACUAGUCCAUAAACAAACGCAGGUCCAGUCUCUUUCCUCUGAGUGUAUCAAGGAAACGGAGAGGGUCAUAACUGCUAUGGAGAAAGAAGAAAUGCUGAGAAAGGCAGCAGCAGAAGAGAAAGAAAAGCAUCUAAAAGCUGUUAAAGAAGUCGAGGAAGCAAAAUCAAUGCUAGCCAAAGAGUUCUGCGAGAGGCAAUUAGCCGAGCUAGAUGCCCUCAAACAAUCCAUAGAGAAACAGAAAGUCAUUGACCAGCUCUUCUUAAGAGACGGGCGGUACAGAAAGUACACAAAAGAAGAAAUAGCUGCAGCUACAGAUAAUUUCUCUUCCCGUAAAAUAAUCGGUGAAGGAGGAUACGGAAAAGUAUACAAAUGCAGUCUCGACCACACCCCAGUAGCUCUUAAAGUUCUCAAACCCGAUUCAAUCGAAAAGAAAGAAGAAUUCUUAAGAGAGAUCUCAGUUUUAAGCCAGCUUCGUCAUCCUCAUGUUGUUCUUCUACUCGGUGCUUGUCCUGAAAAUGGUUGCCUUGUCUAUGAGUACAUGGAGAAUGGUAGCUUAGAUGCUCAUAUCUCUCCCAAAAAGGGGAAACCAUCACUCUCAUGGUUCAUCAGAUUCAGAAUCAUCUAUGAAACCGCAUGUGGCUUAGCUUUCCUCCACAACUCAAAACCCGAGCCCAUCGUCCACCGCGACCUCAAACCAGGCAACAUUCUCUUAGACAGAAACUUCGUUAGCAAAAUCGGCGACGUUGGACUCGCCAAACUCAUGUCAGAAGAGUCACCAGACAGUGUCACGGUUUACAGAAACUCGAUUAUCGCGGGUACACUCUACUACAUGGAUCCUGAAUACCAAAGAACCGGCACAAUCAGACCAAAAUCAGAUCUUUACGCAUUCGGAAUCAUAAUUCUCCAGCUUUUAACCGCUCGACAUCCCAACGGUCUUCUUUUCUGCGUUGAAGACGCUGUAAAGAGAGGCUGUUUUGAAGAUAUGUUAGAUGGAACAGUCAGAGAUUGGCCCAUAGCCGAAGCGAAAGAUCUAGCUCGUAUUGCAAUCAGGUGUUCGCAGCUCAAAUGCAGAGACAGGCCGGAUCUUAACACACAAGUCUUGCCUGCUCUCAAACGGAUUCUUGAAUCUGCAAAUUAUAGACUCAAGACAGAACAGGCUAAUGUACGACCACCAACUCACUAUUACUGUCCAAUUCUUAAGGAAAUAAUGGAAGAUCCACAGAUAGCUGCAGAUGGAUUCACGUACGAAGGAAAAGCGAUAAAGGCUUGGAUUCAAAAAAAUCAUAAUGUGUCUCCAGUGACUAAGCAUCGGCUCAAACAUUCCGAUCUCACACCGAAUCAUACUCUCAAAUCGGCUAUACAAGAAUGGCGAUCUCGUUCACGCUUAGACCUUUCCACUACUCUUGGCUCCUUUUGA